AUGGCUGCAUUGGCCCCUCUCGCCCAGCUGUUAGACGCAAGUCUUGAUCCCAGGCAGAACAAAGAAGCGGAACUCAAAAUCAGAGCCGAAGAGAAGAAGCCUGGCUUUGCUCUACUCCUCCUCCAUAUCACUGCCUCUAGCGAGUUCCAGUAUAACACGAGACUUGCAAGCGCCCUCUUCUUCAAGAACUUUAUCAAGCGCAACUGGACCGAUGUGGAAGGAAACUACAAACUACCUCAACAAGAUGUUACCGCCAUCAAGACCGAGCUCGUGGGGCUUAUGAUCGCUGUACCCCGAGGCAUUCAAACUCAGCUCGGUGAGGCCAUUAGUGUCAUCGCUGACAGUGAUUUUUGGGAGCGCUGGGAUACGUUGGUGGAUGACCUCAUUUCUCGACUCAAGAAGGAUGAUCCUGUCGUCAAUGCCGGUGUGCUCCAAGUUGCACAUUCAAUCUUCGCAAGAUGGCGGCCUCUGUUCCGCUCGGACGAGUUAUUCACUGAGAUCAACCACGUACUUUCUAAGUUUGCCCAACCCUUCCUCACUCUAUGGCAGAAUCUCGAUGCCUACAUCGACAGUCAUAGUAAUGACAAGGUUGCCCUCCAAAAUGCUUUCACCGAGCUUGACCUCGUUAUGCAGUUGUUCUAUGAUCUUUCUUGUCAAGACUUAUCCCCCGUGUUCGAAGACAAUCUCCAGGGCAUUUCCGGGCUGCUCAAGAAGUACCUGGAAUACGACAACCCCCUCCUACACACAGAUGAUGAGUCGGAAGCCGGUCCUCUCGAAAACAUAAAGGCAAACAUCUUUGAAGCAUUAACACUCUACAUUGGCAAAUACUACGACGACUUCUCCAAAUAUGUUGGCAACUUCGUGGGAAGCUCAUGGCAUUUGCUGACCAAUACUGGACCAGACCCUAAAAAUGACAUACUUGUCAGCAAGGCUUUGCAAUUCUUGACAUCUAUCGGAGGCAUUAAUGAGCAAGCGCAGACCUUUGGCGACGCAAACACCCAAACACAAAUCAUCGAGAAGGUCAUCCUUCCCAAUGUCGCUUUACGCGAUUCUGAUGUGGAGACUUUUGAGGAUGAACCGAUCGAGUUUAUUCGACGCGAUCUUGAAGGUUCAGACAGUGAAACUCGGAGACGAGCUGCUGGUGAUUUUCUUCGCCAACUCAGUGACCAAUUUGAACAAUCCGUGACAGGUAUAGCCAUGACUUAUGUCCAAAAAGCCCUGGACGAGUUUUCGCGUAACCCACAAGAGAAUUGGCGAGCCAAGGACAUGGCUGUCAGUUUGUUCUUUGCGCUUGCAUCCAAAGGUGUCACGACCUCUACUCAUGGCGUCACCAAGACAAAUAGCCUCGUGGACAUUGGCGACUUCUUCUCGAAGAACCUCGCUCUCGAUCUGCAAAACGAUGAUACCCAUCCUCUGCUCAAGGUUGAUGCCAUUAAAUACCUGUACGUUUUCAGAAGUGUCAUCACAAAAGACCAGUGGCAGUCGGUCAUGCCUCUCCUUGUCAAUCACCUCGGAAACCCAAAUUAUUGCGUGUACACAUACGCCGCUGUGGCAGUCGAGAGGGUGCUGGCUUUGACGGACGACACUGGCAAGCCAGUCAUCGAUACAUCCAAUAUCACGCCACUGGCACCAAGCCUGCUCGAGCAUCUCUUUAGUCUCAUUGAGAAAGAUCAAGCGCCGGAAAAAAUCCAAGAGAAUGAAUUCCUCAUGCGCUGUAUUAUGAGAGUUUUGAUAGUCAUCAAAGAGGGUAUCUCUGCCGUGGCUCAGAGCGUCUUACAGCAUCUCACAACCAUCACAACCAUCAUUUCAGCAAAUCCCAGCAAUCCCAGAUUCUACUACUAUCACUUCGAAAGCAUUGGCGCCCUUAUCAGAUUCACCCCAGCAGCGCAGUCAGAAGCCUUGGGGGCCGUUCUAUUCAACCCAUUAGUCGCCAUCUUAUCGGGUGGUGUCGAGGAAUUUAUACCUUACGUCUUCCAGUUGAUGGCCGCUUUGCUGGAGGCUGAGCCAUCAAAACCUUUACCUGAUCAGUAUCAGCCAUUGAUCGCGCCAAUCAUCGCCCCCACAUUAUGGGAGCAGCGUGGUAAUGUUCCAGCUCUGGUAAGGCUUCUUUCAGCGAUCAUUGUUCGAGCCCAACAACAAUUGGUCAGUGGCAACCAAGUCGAACACGUCCUGGGAAUCUUCCAGAAGUUGGUAUCGACCAAGGUCUACGAAAAUUUCGGGUUUGAUUUGCUGGAAGGUGUCAUUUCGACCUUCCCACCCGCCGCAUUGGAUCAAUAUUGGGUACAAAUCUUGAACAUCAUGCUCGCACGUCUGCAAAACAAACAGACCCAGUCGUUCACAUCCAAAUUCAUCCGAUUUUACCACUUUGUAUCAUCACGAGACGACAAGGGACUCGGAGCCGAUUUCUUCAUCGCAGCCACCGAUCGCGUUCAGCAAGACAUCUUCCGUCAGCUGUACCUCAGCAUCAUCCUACCCAAAACCCAGGAACUCGCCCGCCCUCUGGACCGCAAAGUCGCAGCCAUAUCCUUCACCAAAACCCUUGCCGACUCCCAAGCCUUCGUGACCCGCUAUCCCAAGGGCUGGCCCCUAACACGCAACGCACUGCUUAAACUGCUUGAAGACCCCCCCUUGCCCCCCAAGGCCGACGACCACAUCACCGAACUCGACGUCGAAGACUCGGGCUUCGGCGUCGGCUUCACACAGCUCAACACCGUGCGCCCACCAGUCAAAGACCCCUUCGCCGAGGUGACGGAUCUGCGCAAAUGGGUCGGCCAGUAUCUCAAGGCCGCGGACCAGCGCCACAACGGCAGGAUCGGACAGACGGUCAACGCGACGCUGAGCCCCGAUGCAACAAAGGUUCUGCAGGCUUAUAUGACGCUGUGA